AUGAAGGGGUUGUUCGCUGCAUUUUUGGCGAUCGCCUCCAUCGUGUUUAUUGUGCCAAUGUUACGGAAUUCUAUUAGGAGUCCAGAGCCAGAGAAGACAUCUGUAAUAGCUCAAGAUUGCCCAACAAUUGAUAAAGAUGUUCAAAAAGAUGUAUGGUAUGUACCGUCAAGUACGGUAUUAGCGGAUAUUGAAAGAAGGGCACGACUUAUUGGAUCGGGAUGUGAAGAGGUUUGGGAUAAUUGGUUGAAAACUUCUGAAGUAGCUCCACCCGAUACUCCUCCAAAAGAAGUCCCAGAAGCCACCUGGAAUGAAUAUACCUUAUUUGGACGGAUUCCGAUUCAUAAAUGGUACCGCAAUGAAGUGGCAAAACCUCAUGACAAGGUCUGGAACGAUAUCGACAAACAAAUGUCCCUGACCGAAAAUCAAAUAUUUGCCAAAUCCACGUAUGGACAGUCUACUAGAGUCGUCUUUGAUGCUAUGACACAUUUUCGUAAAUAUUUUGAGGGCAAAAAAGGAGCUGUUAUUGGGUCGCAACUCCCAUGGGUAGAAGUCUAUGCUCUCCGUCACGGCGCCGCCCAUGUCCUUACAGUAGAAUACCAGAAAUUGAAAAUUCAGACCAAACAACCUGUAAGCUAUAUUCAUCCCUUUGAUCUCGCAAGGAAUUGGACCAAUUUCUCCGAAUCGCUGGACUUUGUUGUGCAUUUUUCCUCGUUGGAACAUAGCGGGUUGGGGCGGUAUGGUGAUCCAAUGGAUCCAUGGGGAGAUUUGCGAGAAAUGGCAAAAAUGCAUUGUUUGUUGAAGCCAGAUGGAGUGAUGAUUGCUGGUUUUCCAGUAGGUGAUGACGCGCUAGUAUGGAACGUACACCGUAUCUAUGGCCCGAUCCGAUUACAAUGGAUGAUGCUAGGCUUCAAACUACUCGGUGUCUUCUGGCAUGAAGGCGAUCGAUCUGUAUUCACAGAAGGGUUCCCAUUGCGGCGAUUCGAUCCGGCAACCAGAUUCAGCUUUACGCAGCCGGCUAUUGUGCUCCAGAAAAUUUCAACU